AUGACACUUUUCGCGUUUUUCACGAAGAAGUGGAACAGUUUCACUUUCUUGCAUGGAUUACUUCACCAAACGAGAAAGAAGCAACUGAAGCUUAUUGGAAAAAUCAAAGAUAUGAAAUUAUUUCAGGGUGCUGCAUAUACGCCGUAUGUUCGGCUGCUUGAUCCGGCUUACGACGACGGGAUCAACGCCGUUGUAGGUUCACUGCGGCAGAACCGCCCAAAUGCUCGUUUAGUCUCGCGCUCGCUACUGUCAUCACGUCGAAUGAUAGCGUCGAAUGCGAGCAGUAUGCUGAUGCAAUUCGGACAAUUUUUGAGCCAUGAUAUUACCAAAAAUAAGCUUGUUGGCCGGUGUACGUGUAGCGGAGGCCCCGAGUGCAUGAUCGUUGCACUGGGUCGCGAAGAUAGGAGAAAUAAAAAUGUCCCAUGUAUCCCAAUCAAGCGGUCAGUGCCGGUUUGCGCAACGGGUACUGGCAAUACGCCACGUGAACAGUUAAACGAAAACACGGCUUUUAUUGAUGCAUCAAUGGUCUAUGGUAGCGAUAUGCCAAGUCAUGGUCUAUUCCGGGCAUUCCGUCAAGCUGAUAUGCAAAUGAUACAAGUUCAUGGACGUUUGCUACCACCUCUGGAUACUAGCAGCAAAUUUAGGACCGGCGAUAAUCGUUCCAAUUUAUUCAUCGGUUUAUCGGCUCUUCACACCGUCUUCGUUCGUUACCAUAAUAGGUAUGUAGGAUACUAG